UUGAGGAAAAAGCAUUGAGGGAUCCUUCUUCGCGAGCGUAGACGAUCUUUGGCGAGACGCGUUUUACCCCGGCAGCGAGUUGAGGAAGGGAAAACGGAGACGUAUCAUACCCGGUCGAUAUAGGAAACAUGGCGAAAAGCAAAUCAAACCCAAGUAAAGGAGCUGAAGAGACUUGUAUUUUCUGUUUGAUAGCCAACGACCAAGACAGAGAAGCGGAGGUUAUUAAAAAGAAUAAGAGUCUGGUGUGUUUCAGGGACAUCGACCCGGCUGCUCCUCAUCACUACCUGGUGGUACCCAGACAGCACAUACACAGCUGCCUCUCACUGCACAGGGGACACAUCGGCCUCAUUGAAAAGAUGGCAGAAAUGGGGAGAGCCGUGCUAUGCGACCAAGGGAUCACUGAUAUGGAGGACAUAAGGCUGGGGUUCCACCAACCUCCCUACAUUUCCGUAGAUCACCUCCAUCUCCAUGUGCUCGCCCCCACCAGCCAAAUAUCCAAGUACAUGAUGUAUAAGUUCAUUCCAGGGACCUACAGUUUUAUUACUGAAGAAUGUCUACGGAAGCAUCUAGAGGAUGAGUCUCCGCCAGCCAAGUAUAAUUUCGGGAGCUGUGCGUGUUUUCUGUGAGCCAGCAGCGCCUCGAAAACUGGACUUUGGAUUACUGCAGAGCACUAAAAUGCCUCUGAAUCAGACUCAGCCCCACGGAAAAGGCACGGAAAUGACAGAACACUAUCUGGAAAUGGAGUCUGCAAAUGAGAUGAUGAAGCAGAUGCACUCAUUAGUUUUGAGAGGAAAGUCAUAGCAUGGAGAUGUCACUGCCGAGAAAUGACUACACGCGCGACGCACAUUAAGCGCAAACAAGCAAACUGUGAAAUGGAUUACACGUGAAUGAAUUCUGUUUUUAUGGACUCCACUGAACACCAUGAUGCAAUGUAUGAUCUGUUGUUGAGGCAUACUGGAUCUUAAAAUGAACUCAUUUA